AUUUAAAUCGAUUUAUUCCCCUUAUAAAGUAAUAACGUUCAUUGAAGAUAUGAUAAAAAAAAUAUAAGUUUUAGUAUAAAAGGCCUGAUUUCGUGUACAGUAGUAUCAGUGCGAUAGAAGCUAUUAAAAACACUGUUCAAAAUGAAAUUCUUCGUUACCUUCGUUGCCCUCGUGGCCGUGGCUGUUGCCUUCCCCAACAAGCCCGCUGUCAACCUGGAGUCUGAGCUGGAGGCGAUCAUCGCCGCCAUCCACAGCCCCAGCACCGACCCCGCCACCGCCGCCCUCCUGGAGCAGCAGCUCGAGGCCAUCCUCGGCGGCGGCCCCGUUGUCCCUCAGCCCAUCGCCGUUGGUCCCGCUCCCGUCGACCACUACCCUAUCUCCAUUGGGCCCGCUAUCGUCGACUUCCCCCUCCCUGACGGUGGAGCCGUGUCUGCUCCUUGUGACCUUGUCCCCUCUCCCUCCCCCUCUCCCGUUGUUGUGGGCCCCAUUGCUCCAGGCUCCCCUGCUCCCCUUGUCCAGCUCAUAGUGAACGUGAACGCUGGCGCUGGAAUCGGUGGUGCUAUUGCGGAAGUUGAGAAACCCCAACCCGUGAUCAUUGUGGACGAGGCUGAUAACUCAGUACCCGCUCCCGGAGCCCCGGUGCCGAUCGACCCCGUGGAUGUUGUCGACAUCACACCCGUGGUGGUUGUCGACCCUGUUCAGGUUGUUGACGUCGCCCCUAUCGCUAUUGAGCCCGUGCAGGUCGGCAGCCCCGUCUUUCCUUCCCCUGCUAUCAACCUCCCCGACGAACUCAACUAAAUUGAGUAUCGAAUUGUAAAGGAACACUUGUAAAUGCACGGCUUUAGUUUAAUAAAAUAAAAUUAAUGAUACGAUA